AUGUUUCUGAACAUAGAACAGGCAGAAGAGGAAUUUCAAAAUUUGCUUUAUCGUGUGGAACCGAAGAGCGUAGCGGAAUUUCUUAGUUGGAUCAAUGAAAGCUUUGUGGUGUCGGAUGGCAAAUAUCAUCCGGGCAACGGCAGUAUUGAAUUUGAUGGAAGGAGCGAACCCACUUCAGAAUGCGACGUUUUGUUACGAAAGAUAGCAAUGGAUAUUAGAAGCGAAUUACCAAUGACAGCGAUAUUACCUUCUGAAACAAUGUAUUGGCCACAGACUGGCUUAGAUUCCGAUUGUAAUCGCGAUACUACGGUACAUGUCGAUGCUUUUUUAUACGAUGAUGAUGAUGUGGAUGAAUUGGUGGAUCAGGGUGCACUUAGUCGAGAGUACUGUGCGCAGUGUGGUUGCAGGGAAAUCAUGUCUCUAACAUUUAUUUCACAUUCGUUGAGUAUUGAUCAGCUGCGAUAUGCAUUCACUGUACUAGUUCCUUUAACCGAGAAUAUGAAAGGUACGUUAAUUGUUGACAUUGGCUCGAGAUUGGGCGCUGUAUUAUAUGCUGUUUAUAGUUACGGUAGUGGGCUGGUGAAUGCUAUUGGUAUUGAAAUGAAUAAAGAUUUUUGUGAACUGCAGAAAAAAGUAAUUGAAAUUAAUGGGAUGGAUGCAAACGUCAAAGUUAUCAAUGACGAUGUUCGAAAACAAGCUGAAGUUGUUGGUGCUGCUGAUGUUAUUGUGUUACACAAUGUAUUUUCAUUCUUUCUUCCCCUCGCUGAUCAAACAGAAUGUUGGGAAUUUCUGUACAAAUCCGUACGUCCUAGUGCUGCAAUCAUAUCAAAUCCUGCUGUUGAAGCAGUCACUGACCAUUUAAUCCUUUCGUUCCGCAUAUCCGAUUGGCUUGAAAAAAUUGAAACUGAUCAUUUGGCUGCACGAUACGCGGGCGUUGAUCAAGAUUUGUUUAAUGACUGUGUCAAGUUGACACUUUAUAAAGUGAAGCAUCGAAAUGCGCUACAGUAA